AUGCGCACGCUGCGCCUGCUGCAGCUGCCGGCGUCGUGGAUGGCCCUGCUGACGUCAGACCCCCUGGAGGCCGGCCUGCACGUGCUGGGCGGCGGCCUGCGGCCAGAGCGGCUGCUGCGGCGGUACGGGCUCGUGGUACCCGAGGGCGAGGAGCAGCAGCAGCAGCAGCAGCAGCGAGGGCGGAGGCAGCCAAGUGGUGGGGCCAGCGCCGCCCGUGCGGCCGGCGCCUUGGAAGGCCAGGAGGACGAGGACGAGGAGGAGGACGACGAGCAGCGCGCGCGGCGGGAGGACGGUGCCGCUGCUGACGAGGCGGAGGAGGAGGACCUGGAUGAGGCGCUGACGCGGAAGCUACAGGGCCACUGGAAGGCCGUGGUCGGGUUCCGGCCCACGGGCUGGUCAUACCGCCGCAGCGGUGGUUUGUCGUGCUGGCGCCUGGGCCCCGCGGCUGUGUACGGCAUCCCCUACUCUGAGCACUCCAGCUUCACGGGUACGCACGUCCCGCACAUCCCGCCACCGCUGCCCGCCGCUAUUUGCGGCGCCAGCUCGCUGCGCUCUCCUAUCUGCGACAUGCGCGACGCAUGA